AUGAGUGAGAGUAAACCGGAGGUGCACGUUCCGUCGACAGGCAUGUGGGAAUAUUCGCCGAUUGCCAAAGAAUGUCACGAAAGUUGGGAGGCCUUCAAGGAGUAUCUAGUAGUGUGCCAGGAGGAUACGCAUCAGCUUUUUCGUCUUCGAAGCUCGACGUCGGUAGCACGCUGUAAUGCUGAAAUCCAGGGCCAAGCUAGGGCCGGUGCCAACGGUGGGGGGACGUCGGGCCGCAGUACUGGGCAGCGCAAGAGCUACUUUGGCAAGUCGAUGGAGUGUAAAGCUGGCAUCAAGGCCGCCGUGACGUGGAACAAAGAAGAACGGAAGUUUAUGGUCCGUGUUACAGGAUCCAGCACAAGCCAUAACCAUCGCAUCGAUCGAACUGUUUACGAGAAUCAUCCGUCAGCGCGUCGUGUUGAGGACCCUAUACUCUUCGCAUUUGUCGAUGUGAUGCAGUCCUCCGGCUCAAACCCCUAG